AUGGUUUCCAUACCGAUAUGCUUGGUAACUGGUGUUAUUGGCAAUAUGCUAACAAUUAUUCUGAUGAACACGAAAACCUUUUCUCAUUUUGCCUCGAAAUACUUCUUAAUCGGAUUGGCGAUUGCAGAUACGAGUGUGCUCCUGACCCAGCCGUUCAAAAAUAUGUUCGUAAUUAGAUAUCUUGGAUUUGACUUGCGUGCGCUUUCGACUAUUGGUUGCAAGGUUUAUUUUUGCGUUCACAGAGCUGGAAAGAUGAUGUCAUCGUGGUUUGUAGUUUGUAUGGCACUAGAGCGAUUAGCAGCUGUUAAAUUUCCCCUCAAGGUGAAGAUUUGGUUUUCAAAACGAAAUACAUUAGCCGGAAUCGGACUGAUGUUACUUCUUAUCAUUGGAUUCACAGCUGGUUUCUCGUAUUUUAUUUACCCUGGUUACGUUUUUCAAAACUAUGUUUCAGUAGAUGAUUGUCUUGGUGUCAAAUAA